AUGUCUACGCAGCCCAGCAGUGAGGGUCAAACACCAACUCCGGACACUAAUACGACUGUUCAUGACCCUGUCACUCGCUCCAACGUUGCCCUUCGUCGAUGGUCAUCUGCGAGCCAGUCUUCGUCGUCCAAUGAGAGCCUUGUUGUAAAUGGCCACCCCGACAUCGUACAAAACGCUCAACUCGCCGACCAACUGGAUAUUACUACCCGCAAAACCAAGAUUCAAAUGGCAGCUGUCGCGGGUGCUGGGUCUUUCGUUGGAGCAGUUGCCAUCCUCAUGCUAUCCAGAAUUUUGGGUAGCUUGAUGAAUGGGUGGACUGGUUGGGCUAUAUCCGGAGUGCUUUGCUGCAUUCUGGCUGUCGUCUCUGCUAGCUCGGUGUUGUAUUAUUGGAACCCACCACCACUGGCGCCGCCAAUUCAGCUGGAUGGCCCAGAAAACCAAUUACAUCAGCGAACAACUUCUCCAGAGACUGCACUGUGGUUCAACGCAUUUCUCGGCUCACUAUGGCCCAUCAUUAACCCCGCUCUCUUCAUUUCGGUUAGCGACAUGCUGGAGGAUGCUCUCCAGGCCUCUCUUCCGAAAUUCAUCACUGGCGUCCGUGUCGCAGACAUGGGCCAAGGCUCGCAGUCAAUCGAAAUACUGGAAAUUCGAAGUCUCGAUACCGACGCUAAUGCCAAAGAUAGCGACAAACGUGGCGAUUUUGUCAAUCUGGAGGUCCUCCUUUCAUACCAUGCGCGUUCACAUGGCAAAAGUUUAAUGGAGCGCUCGGGAAAUCCCCAUAUCCUAAUGGAAUUUCUCCUGACUGGGGGGGUCGCUGUCCCUGUGUGGAUUGAACUGACGGGCCUCAAAGUUGCAACUCGGAUGCGCAUCCAGUUGAUGCCAAACCCGCCAUUCCUGUCUUCCCUCAUCUUGACACUUUUGGGUCAACCGAAAGUGACUCUAAAAUGCACCCCGAUGAACCAGAAAUUCGUCAAUGUCAUGGACAUACCCGUUUUGUCUGGCUGGUUACAAAGUGCAAUUGAUGGUGCUGUUGGCGCCUACGUUGCGCCACGCAGCUUAACCUUGGAUUUGAAAACAAUGCUUAGUGGCCGUGAAGCUAUGGAUACCGAAGCAUUCGGUGUUCUCGUUGUGAUCGCCAAGAGUGCGGUUGGUUUCAGGAAUGGGGAUGGCGGUAAGUUCUGGGAGUCGGAAGCUGAGCGGCAUGGCGACCCAUAUGUUAGUAUUGGCUGGGGUAAGUGGGGGAAGCCUGUGUGGUCCAGCCGGAUCAUUGAGAACGAAGGAAACCCGCACUGGGAAGAAAUUGCCUUCCUUCUCGUUGGCCCUUCGGAGAUCAAUGCGAAAGAGAAGUUGCGCGUUCAACUCUGGGACUCAGACCGCGGGGCUGCAGAUGAUCUUCUUGGAACAGUCGAAGUGAACUUGAAUGAACUAAUGGAGGACUCCAAGACUCUCAAUCGAAUGUCGUCACGAACCGACUCUUUCACGGACAUCGAAGGUAGAAAACAACUUCCUGGUGAACUCCGUUGGGAAUGUGGAUAUUUCGCUAAGACCAGCCUUGAGCAGCAUCUAGCACAGAAAGGUGAAAGUUUGGAUGAGCUCAAGGCUGAUGUUGAGCGACAAACGGAACGGGAGUUGCGAGAGGCGGAUUCUAUUCAGAAAAAUGCCAAAGAAGACAUUGAGAACCAGAAGAGAGUCAAGCUCAAAGACCGCGGCGACGAAAUAAUUGCUGCAUGUCCACCGACUGACGAGUGGCCAUCGGGAAUACUGUCGGUGAUGGUGGAGCAAAUUGAUGGUUUGAUCGUGCCCCAUCCUCGAAAGAGCAAGAUUGGUGAAGGGGAAUCGGAGGACCAGAGCGAUCAUCUUCCCAACGCAUACUGCACUAUAAUUCUGAACCACCAACGUGUCUUUCGUACACGCACCAAGCUCAAAACCAACAAGCCAUAUUUUUCCGCGAGUACAGAGCGAUUUGUCAAAGAUUGGCGCACUGCGUCGGUUAUGGUCGCUGUUCGUGACCAGCGCUUACACGAAGUUGACCCUCUCAUUGGGGUCGUUGUUCUACCACUGAGGACGUUAUUUGAGAAACGAUCUCAAGUCUCCGGUUCCUACCCAUUGACGGGAGGAAUCGGCUUUGGCCGCGUCAAGUUGUCACUCGUAUUCCGCAGUGUUCAGGCCCAAUUGCCCCGAUCGCUCAUUGGUUGGGAUGUGGGCACUUUGGACAUCCAGCCAUCCGCCCGAGCAACCGACAAUCUGCCCAGUGACGUCUCAGCAUGCAAACUUGUGCUUCGUACCCUCAACGGAAAGGGCAAACUCCACACUCACGAAGAUGGCUGGCAACACGAACGCGGCAAACCAGUUCGUCUGGCUGUGAAGCGUCGAUAUGCCGAAUGCUUACUAAUCGAAUUCCGCAAACAUUCAGUUGGCCCUGACUCAACCUCUGCCUUUUCUGUGCUGUGGAUGAAAGACAUCGGUGACGAUGAAGACAGCACAGUCAAUCUGCCUGUGUGGCGGAGUCAAAAGCGGGUUCUCCAGCGCGCGCAGUUCAAUACGCAAGAGCCGAAAGAUGCGGAACGACUCGGCACCCUCAAGCUGAAGCUCCGUUUGUGGCCGGGUCUUUCCGGCUAUCAUAAAUCACUUGCCGAUCAUGAUCCAAACAUUGCCGACGUGAUGAAAGUGUUGGAUGCGGCAGAGGAGAUGCUGCGAGGUGACGGAGAUUCGCCUCGUGACUCGUUGUAUGAUUCGGUCGUCUCGAGCGACUCGGAGGAGGCCCCAGCCCCUGAACCCAAGACGAAUGGGGGAAUAUUAUCUGAAAUCAAGGACCACAAGAAACGAAGCGAUCAACUCCAUCGUGAACACCGGGGUCUUAUGCAAUGGGGGGCGGCAAGGAAGCUCGCUUGGGUGGGUCACAAUGUCGAGCAGGUAGCGGGUGGCCUAGAGCAAAAGGUUAAGGGCAAGUUCAAGCAUCGUCAAGCAGAGCAGGGAAUGGACACUGAAGCCUAG